AUGUUCAAUCAUCUCAUCAACCAUUUGAUAAUCUUACUUGUUUUAAUUACCUAUAUAAGUAUAAUGUAUUGGACAUUGAACAAUAAUGAUGUUAGUUAUACGAAGAAGAAAGAAAUAUGCUGUAAAUAUAAAUUGGAUAUUAUUGAAAAAGGAAUAAAUAAUGAAAUUAUUGUUACAAAUAUUACUCAUAUACAACGUUUAUUUCCAUUUGAAUCAAGAAAUUCCAUAGAAUAUAAUAAUCAAAAAGCCACAACAUAUAUGAAAAAUGUCUAUGAUUACAUUAUCAAACAAUUAUGUCAAUUUCAUAGAGAAUUAAAUAAAACUAUUGGCAGACAUGAUUGCUGUACAAUAAAUGUUGAUUAUAAUUAUUGUUUGAAUGAAUUGAAUUCACUUGGUUCAAUGCCUAAAGUAUACAGUCAGAAGAAUUCAUCAACACAUGAACUACCGGAUACACCAUCAAAGUAUAAUUUAUCCCGCGUUUAUAAACAUAAAUAUGAAAGUAUGAUUUGUAAAUUAAGUAAUGAAAAACGCAAGAAAUUAUAUGGUUUGUUGAAAGAAUGGAUAAGUAUAGCUGAAAAAUAUAAAAUUAUAUGGUGGAUAACAUAUGGAACAUUGUUAGGAUCGAUAAGAAAUAAUGACAUUAUCCCAUAUGAUCAUGAUGUGGAUGUGGCCAUCUUGGACACAUAUGAACCAAUUAUAAGAAAACUGGCAGACGAAUCAAAACAGUCUCCUUCAGGAAAUUUUAGAAUCGUAACACGUCCAGCUAAUUACUGUGUAUAUGACAGAGGAUCACGAACCAGUUGUUAUGGUUAUACAGUUCCAAUAGCAAUUGACGAAUGUUCAUUUUGUCUACCAUUGGCAAGAAUAGUUCUUAGUAAAUUUACAUUUUUAGACUUAUUUUCAGUACGUGUUGAAUUGCGUUUAAAUACACACGGUGAAUUAAUUGAUUUCGGUGUAUUUGAUGAAGGAUAUAACAGUGAAACUAAUGGAAUAAAAUACUAUCCUUUAAAUUAUAUAUUCCCUUUAUCUAAAUGUUUAUUUAUGGAUUUAUAUGUUCCAUGUCCUAGACAAUCGGAUUCACUUUUAUCUCUAUUCUAUGGUAAUAAUUAUAUAAAACCAAUCAAGUAUUGUAAUAAAUUUUUAUAA